GGUCCUUAUAAUAAAAACGCGGAAGUAUUUACUUCAGAUGGCAAAAUUAUAUUUUGCAAUGUCUGCUCUAAAUCCGUAGGGACAGGAAAAAAAUAUUUUAUAGACGCCCAUGUUAAAACUGAAAGCCACAUACGCGCAUUGAGUAAAAAUGUGAAAAGCAAACAAACUUUGCUGACCAUACCUGCCUUGACUUCCAGUGAUAAAAAAAAUGAAUUUUACGAGGAUUUAUGUGGUGCACUUUUGGGGUCCAAUAUACCUUUUUACAAAGUAAAUGCGGAACCUUUCAAACAAUUUCUGGAAAAGUACACAAGUCGUCACGUUCCAGAUGAAAGUACUUUAAGGAAAACAUACCUUCCAACAGUAUUCCGGAAGAAAAUGGAAAAUAUUAAAACUUCCGUUGGGAAUAGCUGUGUGUACUUAAUUGUAGACGAAACAACAGAUUCCAGAGGCUAGUAGAAUUUUCACAAUAUCUUUUUUUUCUGAAAUUUCAUUUUAUAGGUUUCUACAUUGCAAAUUUGCUGGUUGGCGUGUUAGACACUGAUGAACCCCAGAAACCAUUUCUCAUUGCUUGUAAACGUCUGCCAACAACUAAUUUUGAAACAAUAUGUCAGUUUAUAAACAAAUCUCUUACUGCUUUCUCGUCUACCAUUAAUGGGCGCGUUUUACUUUUACUUACCGAUGCAGCGCCUUAUAUGGUUAAAGCUGCAAAAACUGAAGGUUUUUUAUCCAAAUUUAUUACAUGUUACAUGUCUAGCACAUGGAAUAAAUAGGGUUGCAGAGGUUGCCAGAGAACUGUGCCCUGGAGUUAACAAAUUGGUUAACAAUGGAAAGAAAGCGUUCCUUAAAGCACCUUCACGUGUGGCAAUAUACAAAGAAAUUAUGCCAGAUUCGCCUCUUCCUCCGGAGCCAAUAAUUACUCGUUGGGGUACUUGGUUGGAAGCAGCGAUAUUUUACGCCAACAACUAUGAAAAAUUUGCUGCAGUUGUUAGGAGGUUAGAGGAUGACGCAGAAUCCGUAAAAAAAUUAAAACUCUUAAUAGAAGAACGAAGCGUACAGAAUGAAUUAAUAUUUAUUAAAACACACUUGUGCUUUCUCCCUGAGUGUUUGAAGCAAUUAGAAAAUCAAGGAAUGUCACUAUAUGACAGCAUAUCUAUCGUGCAAGACGUAAAAUCCAAAAUAAUACGUAUUCCUGGCGAGAAAGGAAAACGGCUGAAAUCUAAAUUAGACAAUGUUUUAGAAAAAAAUGUUGGAUUUAAAACGCUUGAACAGUAUUCAACAAUUUUAACUGGUGAUGGGGAAGGUAAUGAAGACAUUAAAGUGGAGAUGAUUCCAAAAUUUAAAUAUGCACCCAUUACUAGUGUAGAUGUCGAACGUUCAUUUUCCAUAUACAAGCACAUUUUAGAUUCGCGAAGGUGUAAUUUCACCGAAGAAAACUUAGAAAUGUAUAUAGUGUGCAAUUACAACGCGUAAAUCGUUAGCGAUAUAUUUAGUAAU